AUGGAUGUUGACUAUGGCCCACAGUUGAAUGUCUUGACUUGGCUGCUCAUCUCCAUUUCUGGCCUCUUUCUCUUCACGCGGCUCUAUCUUAAGAACUGCCAACACCGUGGGCUCUGGUGGGACGAUUGGAUUUUAUUGGCUUCGUGGGUGGCGCUGACUGCUUCGGCCGGGCUCAUUGCGUUCCUGGUCAGCAUCGACUAUGGCAAGCGGUUCAUCCCACUUCCUAACGCGAUAAAGUUCGGCUUGCCUGUCAACAUUCUCUCGACACUGAUGAUCAUCGCCAACCUCUGGGGUAAAACGUCCUUCGCCGUGACUCUCUUGAGGUUGCCUGUCCGGUGGAUGAGAAUCAGUGUAUGGUACAUCCUCACCACGCUCACUUUGACCCUCACGGCCAGCAUCCUUCUCGUCUGGAUCGAAUGCGGUCCAUUGAAGUUGGCGGGAGGUUGCGUCCCGAUAGAUGUAUCAAUAAGGUACAAUGUGUUUUCUUGUGUAUACUCGGCGACUGCGGACGUCGCGCUAGGGAUUCUGCCGUGGAAGUACCUUCUGAGCCAGCAAAUGAGUAGGAAGGAGAAAAUUGGGGCCAUGGUUGCAAUGAGCAUGGGGAUAUUAGCUGGAGCGACGGCGGCGGCCAAGGCGUCAACCAUACCAAGGCUCCAGGGCAACACUGAUGCCCGGGGCAGUAUCCCGUUGGUGGCGCUGUCCGUCGCAGAAGCUGCCAUGUGCAUCGUGGCGGCGUCGAUACCCAUCCUUCGGGCGUUGUCGCGGGGAGGUUUUCGAGGCCCGGCCCAUUUCGGAUACCAGGCAAGUUACGGAACAUCCAUGGUCGAAUCUGACGGCUACAGCGCGGCAAGCAUGCAAAACCAAACGGCGUCUGUCUUGUUGCCAAUUCAAGGCCUUCGGCGCCCGCGAUCUGGGGAAGUGGAAUCAGGAACACAACAACGGCGCCUGGCCCUGGAAACGCCACUCUGGAACAAGCCAGACAAGGCGUACGCGUACAUUUGCUGGUGCCGGCCGCCGUUCCCCGAAUCCGACGACGAAAAGGAGGAGAAGGAAAAUGAUUGCGACGGUGGUGACAGGUGCAUUUGCGGCAAGCUGGCUCAAGAACACCCCGACCACAAAUGGGUAACGACGUACGCCUGUCGCCGCAAGUUCAUGCGCCAGGUCGACAUGGCGCGGAUUCGAGACCCCGCCAAUUUCGACAUGCACACGUUCAACGACCACGCAGCGCUCGGGGUGGCCGAGGUGAUCGAGAACCUGCUGUUGGAUUUCGUCGAGGCGAACGGCCGUACCGUACUCGCCAUGCUCGCCCAACUCGAACGCCAGCACCGCCUCGGCCCUGACUCCGAAGUGAAGAACCUCGGCCUGAUCAUGUCCAUAUACAUCAAGACUGCCCGGAACAUGCAGAUCAACGAGCUGCUUAAUGACGGCGAUGAGGAGACGGUCGAGUUGAAGCUCCCGGACGGAUCCACGGAGAAAUACACGUUCGACCUAGGCAAGUUGGACGAGUACAUCCUGGGCUACGCCGAGCGCCACAGCAUUACCGUGCCGGACGCGCCUCAGGAUGUCGAGGGCACCGCCGAGGGGUUGCCCGCGAGGACGGUUGAAGACCCCUGGAACACGGCCAAAUCGUUCCGCCAGUACGAGAGCGACCAGGGGACCACGAAUGGGCCUGGCGGGACGCCGGCGGUUGGUGGGGAUCGUUAUGACAUCACCACGUGGUCGAGCGCCGAGCGGCGGGAGGCCAGCUUCAACAAGCGGGAUCCGUUCAGCAAGAAGGAGAUCGCGGCGCUCAAGCUGGGUUUUAUGCUGGGCUUUGAGUAA